AUGUUUGAUGGCUCCAUGCUCCAAAUAGAAAUCUUGACACAUCCGCAGGUAUUCACUUCUGUAUCGGUCAGAGCAGGAACAGGAGCAGUGAAUAAAAUAUUUGCUUCAGACCGAGAUACUUUGCGGAAGGAUAUAUGAUUUGACUUUAACCCAAACUCCACGGUGAUGAGCCUGUCUCCCGAUUACCUCCAUAAGGAUAUUACGGAUAUCGCGGAAAAUUCCACAACUACAUAUGCCAUAUGCGCAAUAAGUUAUCUAUGGAGUUUAGGUCUUUAAGUGAUAGCCAUAGCAAUUUGGACUCUACUGUCUAUGCAAAGUUGCAUGGUAACCGUCAUAGUUUGACUCAUUAUUCCACU